GGAACAGUAAGCGAUGCGACUCAGUCGCGAUUCGAAGCCGGUCGUGGUAAGAGAAUGUAUCGUGUGCCGUGUCGCGCGUGAGCACACGGUAUCCUCUUUAUUUCGUUUUUUUUUUCAUUUCCAUAUAUUUUUCCGUGUUCCGUUGUGUUCCCUCUCGUGUGUCGAACGGGACAGUGGUGUACACGCUGGAAUAUAUCGCUUUAGAAUCGAGAUGGCUUCGUUUACGUGUACUUUCCUCGUUUCACCUUGACGAAUACAACAAGAAAGAGAACGUGUUUUUUUCGAGCCUUUGCUCGUUUCCCCUCCGCUUCUCCUUUGUGUUCCAUCGUCGCGAGUGAUCACAGUGAAGAAGGCGAACAUUCUCCUUCGAAGAUGCUGACUUCUAGCGCAAAUCAGUACCUCCGUCCGGAAUAUCUUACGCCUUUACCUACUACGCUGGACGCGAAGAAGAGCCCGCUCGCGCUGCUCGCCCAGACAUGCAGUCAAAUAGGAGCGGACACGCCGUCCAACAAAUCGUUGCUGGGCUCGUUGGACAAGGCUACGAGCGGCAACAGCAAGUCGUGCAAGUCGACGACGGAUCAACGAGAGCGCGAGAAAUCGUCGCCGGGGAUCGUGGCCGCCUCCUCCUCCUCCUCCUCCUCCUCGUCGUCGUCGUCCACGGCCGAGUCGAGCAAGGCGGCCAACUUCAAGCCGUACGAGUCGUGCCUGUCGGAGAAAGCGUCGAGCCCGGACGAGCAACAGCGGUCCUCGUCCGCUCACUCGAUAUCCGGCCGCUCGAGGACGCCCGGGAGCAAGCGAUGCUCGAGCAAUCAGAGCGGGUGUUCCGUGCGAGCGAUCACCCCUCACCAACAGGGGAGGAAAACGGGGACGCCGAACGGCGACGGGGCGCGCGAGUCGCCAGCCUCGAGGAAUCAACUCGUCGUCGACUCGUCCUCCUCCUCCUCCUCCUCCUCCUCGUCCACGUGCUCUUCCUCGUCCAACUCUUGCUCGCAGCCGGCGGUGGCCGGCAGCCCGUCGCUACAGGCGAAGCCGUCGUCCUACAGCCCCGCGGGUGUCCUCGCCGUCGCCGACCCGUCCAUCAAGGAUCUUCCACUGGGCACGUUCAAACCGGGCCUCUCCUGCUCCUCGGCCGGUUACCUGGGCUUCAGCCCCCAGUUACCGAUCGACGCGACGGCCGGCUCCUUGAUAUCGCACCAGCACGCCGCGUUGAAGAACGGUUUGGUGGGCAAUCCGUAUCUGAGCUACGCGAGGUUGAAGAGCGCGGGAUCGGGGGCGGCCGAGGCGGCGGGGCUGAUGCCUGUCUGCAGGGAUCCGUAUUGCACCGGUUGCCAGUUGAACUCUCAUUUGCUCGCGAGCUCGGCGAGUUUGGCCGGCGGCGGGAAAUUGGGGGGCGCCUCCUCCUGCCCCGCUGGAUGCGCGCAGUGCGAUCACAAGGGGAACGGUAGUGGUGCUGGUGGUGGUGGUAGUGGUGGUGGUGGAAGUGGUGGUGGAAGUGGAGGUGGUGGUGGUGGUGGCAGUGGUGCGACGACAACGGGUUACGGAGCGUUGGGUGUCGCGGCGUACGCUCACGCGCAACUUGCCGCUUUGGCGGCCGUCUCCCAACUCCCUUACGUGUGCAACUGGAUAGCCGGGGACACGGCGUAUUGCGGGAAAAGGUUCUCCACGUCCGACGAGUUGCUGCAACAUUUGAGGAGUCACACGAGCGUGGGCGGGGGGGGGACGGGCGCCGACCCCUCGGGGCCGGCCCUCUCCCUGCUCUCGCCCCCCGUCGGCCUGCCCGCCGCGCAUCCCCUGUUCGCCAGGACUUACCCAACGCCACCUCUGAGCCCGCUCGCGACCGCCCGUUACCACCCGUACGGGAAACCGUCGCCGCUCUUGGCCCCGUCUCUGUCGUCCUUGGCUCUGCCCCUCCCCCCGCCGCACCCCCACGCGGCCCCGGCCUUGCCACCCUACUUCUCCCCUUACUCCUUGUACGCCGCCCCGCCGAGGCUCGGCGCCGCUUCCGGCCUGCCUCAAUGAGUAGUUCACGGCCAAACCGCCGGAUAUCGAUCGUCUCGUCGACUGUGAUCCACGCGCGGAUACGUACGUUUCGAUUCCUUCUUAUACCUUGUCUCUUCCUUUAUCUCUCUUUCCAUUCUCUCGUCGUAGAGAUAGAAGUUGGUAAAAGGAUCGCGGUUAUUCCGUUCGAAAAACGCGCGCUUUUCACUGUGAUUCCGCGCGGAUCCGAAAAUAACGACGGCUGCUUGGGAGGGGGGGGGAUCGCGGUCUUUUACCACCUUCCUUUCUUCGACCGCUUGCAUAUCUCGAACGUCACGUUCGCUCGCCACCGUGAUCCUUACGCUUACGUUUUGUUGUUUACAUCGACCGACACGUUUCCUCGAGAUAUAUUUGUGUGUAUAUAUAUAUAUCAUUUUCCUAUUCCCCUUGACGACGAACGUUUCCGGUAGAGAAAAUCUCCGAUUUAGCUUAAUUUCGACGGGUAAAGGAAAGAAAGAGCGGGGGGAAAAGAGUAUAAAAAAUAAAAACCAAUGUUCAACUGUGAUUUUCGAGUGAGAAAGCACGUGCAUGAGUGAGAUACAACUGCGCUUCCGCUACAGUUACGGUGUACGCGUGAUCCUAGAAUUUAUCUAUACGUAUAUAUAUACAGCGACGCGAUCGUUCGAUUCGACGGAUUAAUUAUUUUUAAUAUCACCUCCCCCCUCCUCUCCAAGGAUAUUUCUUAUUAAUAUCACGAUGACAAUUGUAUCCACCCGAUUCGGACUUAUUUGGAACGUGAAACGUGGAAACGUUCGAGAUACUGAGAAAUAGUACAAAGUGUAAAGAAUAAACGUUCUGCGAUGUAAUAUCUGUGUAAGGUAACGAAACGUUCCGAUCGUAAAUUUGCGGUUCUUUUCCGGCGUCGUUUCGCGUUCCAAGCCCGAGAGGCGAAGAUAACUCUUGUGCGCGCGCACAGCGCGGACGGAGAGAAACGGAGGAACGGGCGCCGUAAAUUCCGGUCUACGGAACGCGGUCUACCAAUCGUAACAAUCGUACCAAUCGUUGUCGCGGAACGCUCGAGUCUAUGUGUUUUACUACUAUUUACGGAUCAAUAAUAUAAUAAUAUUCGUCGCUAAACUUUUAUUGUAACUAUUGUACAUUUGUUCAUAGAUACGUUCAUAGAGGAUGAAAUUUAAUAAUAAUAAUUAAGAAAAAAAAGAAAAGGAAAAAAAAAGUGAAAGAAGGAAAGGGACGAAUGAAUAAA